CAUGACGUUGAUCAGGAUAUUGUGGUCUGGACGUCUUCACGUGGACUCUCAGCAGGUUCAGGUCUUCAGCAGUUUCCUGGUGGGAGUCUGUUUGAGGGCAGGACGCGUUCCUUAGAUUUGACCUGGUUUAAGUCCAGUCCAAGUCACUGAUGGUAAAAAAGAAAAAAAGCUGUGCUGUGGUUCUGGAUUGAGCUCUUGUCGGAUCAGUGGACUAAACCUGGACCUGGUUUGAUCCGGUUCACAGGGACCUUGAUGUAGAUCAGAUGGAGUUUGCGCAGUUUGCAACGGAGGAGGACGAAGACGAUGCCGAUACUCAGUACAUGAUAGAACAGAGUCUGCUGGAGAUCAGCAGAAAGACGGGUCCAGGACCAGAUGGCACCAGUGUUGUUCCUGCAGACAACACCACAAUCUUCACUGCAAUCAGACAAGGAAAAGAGAAGUUGGUGAAGGAUCUAUGUUUUGGACACGGGGAUGGGUUCUUUCAGCUGGACAGUCGUGGUUGGACUCCUCUGCAUGAGGCAGCUGUUCAGAGGAACCAAACCAUCCUGCAGCUCAUAUACAAAGCAUGCGGUUCGCGGUUACUGGAGUGCCAGACUCUCCAGGGACGGACUCCUCUGUUCCUGGCCGUGGAAAAGGGUCUGAUGGAGAACGCGACGUUCCUCCUCCAGCACGGAGCCGAACCCGACAGUCAGGACCAGGAGCAGGACUCACCGCUGGUUGUAGCCAUCCGUUCAGACCGCGCUGACCUGGUGAAGCUGCUGAUCAGGUGCGGCUCCAAGGUGAACCAGCAGGGCUGCCACGGUCGCCGCCCCCUCCAUGAGGCCUCGCGGUUAGGCCAAGCGCCGCUGGUGACACUGCUGCUGGAAGCCGGCGCUCAGCCAGAUCCACGCAGCGACUACGGCCUGACGCCGCUGGCUCUGGCCGCUCAGGCCGGACACCUGGAGGUGGUGGAGAUGCUGCUGCAGAAAGGUGCAGACGUUCUGUCGCAGGCCCAGGAUGAGGCGUCUGUCCUGUACGAGGCAUGUUCGUGCGGCGAUCCGGCUCUGAUCGACCUGCUGCUGCGGCAUGGCGCUGACGCCAACGUGGCCAGACACACGGGACACCUGCCUAUCCACCGAGGACACCUGCAAGCGCUGAAGCUGCUGAUUUCUGUUACGUCCAUGAGCGACGUCAACGACAGCGGGAUGAGCCCGCUCCACUCCGCUGCUGCCGGAGGACACGCCAACUGCAUCAAGUCUUUGCUGGACGCAGGUUAUGACCCCAACUACAUGCUCCAUCCUUGGGUUCGCCGUAGCUAUGACGACGAGAGGAAGUCAGCACUCUUCUUUGCAGUUUCCAAUAGUGACAUGCAAUCGGUCAAACUCCUGCUGGAGGGCGGAGCCAUGACCAACCAGGACCCAGUCAAAUGUCUACAGGUGGCGCUGCGCCUGGGCAACUAUGAGUUGAUCAACCUGCUGCUGAGGUUUGGCGCCAACGUCAACUAUUACUCCAGAAUCAACACAACACACUUCCCGUCUGCACUGCAAUACGCGCUCAAAGAUGAGGUGGUGCUCCGGAUGUUGUGUAACUACGGUUACGAUGUGAAGCGCUGCUUUGACUGUCCCUACGGCAACGGCUCCCACAUCCCUGACAACUAUGAGGGUUGGACCAACACUGUGAUCAAAGACACAAUGUUUUGUGAGGUGAUCUCCGUCUCCUGGCUGAAGCCGCUCUCAGGUCAUGUAGUCCGUGUCCUCUUGGACUAUGUGGAUCAUGUGGCUUUGUGCUCCAAGCUGAAGGCAGCGUUGAUGGAGCAGCAGGAGUGGCCCGACAUCUGCAGGCUGCAGGAGAACACUCGCUGUCUGCAGCAUCUCUGUCGUCUGCAGAUCCGCCGCUGCCUCGGCCGCCUUCGCCUCCGAUCUCCGGUCUUCAUGAGCUUCUUGCGGUUGCCAGGACGAUUGAAGGACUACAUCCUCUACAAGGAGUACAACCUGUACCAAUGUUCAGAACAAGACUGAGUCUUCAGAUUCCUCCAUGAACACAAAUUAAUCUUUCAGGACUGAAACUACUCCAAAAAGCAGAUUAUAUCAAACAAAAUUCACCAUUUUUAGUGUCAAACACAGAAAAAAAAAAAAAAAUUAUCUUGGGGUGAUCCAUGAACACAUAUAGAGGUUGGAACCGCAUUACUGCAAACGGUUUACAGAAAAGUGAUCCUGGAACAGAUGGCUUUAAAAUCUGAGUCAGAUAUGCAUUUUGUUUUAUUUUUUUAUUUUUAUUAAUAUGUCAUUGCUUUUCUUCAAGGUUUGUCUGUUUGCCCCUCCUCCUCCUUUACAGAACUCGGCUUCACUUCAUUUGAGAUCGUUUUGCAUAAACAAGUGGAACCGAAAUUAUUUUCAAAAUAAUUAAAACUUGAGCUACUAAAACUAUACCGGUGUCGCUGACUGAACGGUCCCUCCUAAAAAAAUCAGUCCCCCUCUGCCUUCACUGCGCAUGCGUCAUCAGCCGCGGUUCACUGAUUAUCACCUCGUUUCUGC